AUGGCUCUCGGGUACUACUUUGGUCUCUCCACGACCACCCUCGUGGUGGUCGGAUUGUAUAUGCUCUUCCAGGGACAAGGUGAAGCCUUCAAUGUCGGCCGCUUCCUCGAAGAAGUAUCCCCCUUCGCUUGGGCGAACAUCGGUAUUGCGAUGUGCAUCGGAUGCUCAGUAGUUGGAGCCUCAUGGGGUAUCUUCCUUACCGGUUCUUCGAUCCUCGGCGGUGGUGUUCGGGCUCCUAGAAUUAAGACCAAGAAUUUGAUCUCCAUCAUUUUCUGUGAGGUUGUGGCCAUCUAUGGUGUUAUCAUCGCGAUCGUCUUCUCUGCCAAGUUGGGCCCGGUCCCGGAGACAGAGCUCUACACCAAGAGCAACCUCUACACAGGCUAUGCAAUCUUCUGGGGAGGUAUUACCGUUGGUGUCUGCAAUCUGAUUUGCGGUAUUUCCGUCGGUAUCAACGGUAGUGGCGCAGCUCUUGCUGAUGCCGCCGAUCCUAGCCUGUUUGUGAAGAUCCUCGUUAUCGAGAUCUUCAGUUCAGUUUUGGGUUUGUUCGGCCUCAUUGUUGGCUUGCUGGUGGGCGGCAAGGCCCGUGACAUGGGUGCGGCGUAA